AUGCCCUCCUACCUCAUCACCGGCGUAUCCCGCGGCAUUGGCUUCGAGUUCCUCCGCCAGCUCUCAGCAGACCCGGCCAAUCUCGUCAUCGGCCUUGUACGCAACAAACCUGCAACAGAGGCCAAGGUCUCCCAGGACCUGAAGAGGGAAAAUAUUCGCAUUGUCGAGGGCGAUCUCGCCGACUAUGAUUCCAUCAAGAGAGCAGUAGAGGCCAUCGGAAAGAUUACUCCCAGCCUUGACUACUUGAUUGCGAAUGCGGCAUUGAUCUCGUCAUGGUCUGCUUAUGAUGGACUCGGUGACCUCCUUCACAGGGCCGUCAGAGAUCCUGCAAAGCUCGACGAAGUUUUUCUCUCUUCAAUCAGAACCAACGUCCUUGGCAAUAUCCACCUCUUUUCCCUCCUCAUCCCGCUGAUCCAGAAGAGCGACAUCAAAAAGGUCAUCACCAUCACCUCCGGCAUGGCCGACCUCGACUUCAUCACGCAGUACAAUAUCGCCGUUGCAGCCCCCUACAGUAUCAGCAAGGCCGCCAUGAACGCUGCUGUUGCAAAGUUCAGCGCGCAGUACCGCAAGGACGGGAUUCUGUUCCUCGCUCUCUCGCCGGGCUUGGUCGACACGGGUAACUAUGAUGAUGCGACGCCCGAGCAGCUAGCCGCGGCCGGGAAGAUGUUCCAGCAGUUUGCGACGUAUGCGCCGGCUUUUAAGGGGCCGAUCUCGCCGGCGGAGUCGGUGGGUUUCCUACUAGAUGUCAUUGAACGAGCGCAUGUGGAUAGGGGCUAUGCGGGGGCGUUCCUGUCGCAUUAUGGGAAUAAGCAGUGGCUUUGA